UGCCCGCCCCUCGGGCCCCGCCUCCGUCCCGGCCGCCUCCUUCCUUUGCCACGCAGGUCCUGCCACCGGGCGCCUGGCCCUAGCUGCUACCGCCGCCGGGCCUGCCAAGGCGGAGCUGCGAGCGGUGCGCCUGAAGGCUGGGCCCGGCCGGGCGGGCCUCGAGACUGGGAGCUUGGAGUUAGGAGCUGGGGUAGGGAGUGCUGGGUUGCCGCCGGGAAGCCGGGAAGCGGGCGGGCUAGGGAACGCUCUCCUAGCCGCUCCUUUCCCCGCAGGCGCCGCGCGCACGGCCAUGGCCGGCUGCGGGGGACUGACCCUGCUCCUGGCCGCCCUGCUAGGCAGCGCGUGGGCGCGGAGGAGCCAGGACCUGCACUGUGGAGCCUGCAGGGCCCUAGUGGACGAGCUGGAGUGGGAGAUUGCCCAAGUGGAUCCCAAGAAGACCAUCCAGAUGGGUUCCUUUCGCAUCAAUCCUGACGGCAGUCAGUCUUUCGUGGAGGCGCCCUACGCCCGCUCCGAGGCGCACUUGACCGAAGUGCUGGAGCGGGUUUGCGAGCAAAUGAAGGAGUACGGGGAGCAGGCGGACCCGGCCACCCACAGGAAGCAUUACGUCCGCGUGGCCAGCCGGCGCACGAGCUCGGCGCAGCCCGAGCCGCAGCCGGAAGGCAUCCGCAUCGACGGCGACAUCCGAGCCAGCCUCAAGUUUGCGUGCGAGAGCAUCGUGGAGGAGUACGAAGACGAGCUCAUCGAGUUCUUCUCCCGGGAAACGGACAACGUCAAAGACCGGCUGUGCAGCAAGCGCACGGGUACGCCCCAGCUCUGCGGAGGGCUGGCCAGCCUGGGGGCGCCGCCUCCGGGCCCGUGGGGGGGGGGGGCGAGGAAGCAUUAAGCGCGGGCGGUCUGGGUGCAGAUCCCGUGUCUUGUGCCCGCAGACCUGUGUGACCACGCCCUGCGCGUCCCUCACGACGAGCUGUGACCCGGAGCCGCUGCGGACCUGCCGGACGCCCCCAAGGCCUUUGAUGUGAUGUUUUUACUAAAAUGAACUCACGAAAGGGCGGAAA